CGGAGCCUGGCAGUGAGGGCCAGAGGAAGGCAGACAGGCAGAGGCGGAGAGACCCAGCAAACGAAAGCCACGAGAGAAAGAAAGAGAAGGACCCCCAACAGGGACAAGGACCCCAACAUUCAUCCACACAGCCACAGCGGCAGCUGGAGCCAGCCCUGGGAGAAGCUCUGCUCGCUGUCCGUCCGCAUGGGCCACCGUGGGUCAUGGCUGCACACUUCUCUCCUCUGGGCUGCCGUGGCCAGCCUCCUCCUCCCCCCUGCCAUGACCCAGCAGCUGAGAGGGGCUGGGCCGGGCCCCAGCAACUGGAACAACAAUGCAGGAGUCCCGGGGCCCCCAGAGGACGUGUCUGGUGAGUUUGGCCAUCCCAUCCACAGCCAUAGGGGCCAUGGAGAUGAGAACAAGGAUGUUUCCACAGAGAGUGGGCAUCAAUUCCAGAGCCACAGAGACCACAAAGAAGCAGACGAAUAUGUCUCCAGGGAAUACGGUCACCGACCCCAAGGCCACAGGUACCAAGGCCAUGAGGUCGGAGAUGAGAAUGUCUCUGAGGAGGAGAUCUUCACAGAGCAUGCUCGGCAGGCCCACGGGCACAGAGGCCAUGGAGAUGAAGACGUGGAUGAUUCAGCCAAGCAUGGGCACCACUUCCCCAGCCACGGGAGCCACGGCCAUCAAGACGAGGAUGAGGAUGAAGUUGUGUCCAGUGAGCAUCACCAUCGUAUCGUCAGGCAUGUACACCAAGGCCACAGAGGAGAAGAGGAUGAUGAAGAAGAUGAGGAAGAGGGGGGGCUCUCCACUGAGUAUGGACACGAGGCCUACAGACACGGAGGCCACAGGAAGGAAGAGGAUGAGGAUGUCUCAGGUGAACACCACCAUCAUGUCCCCAGCCAGGGGCACCGAGGGCAUGAAGAAGAUGAUGAUGAUGAUGAUGUCUCUACUGAGUACAGACACCCGGCCCACAGGCACCAAGGCCACGGGAAGGAAGAGGAUGAAGAGAUCUCAGAUGAACAUCACCAUCAUGUCCCCAGCCACGGACACCGAGGCCACAAAGAAGAGGAAGUAGAAGAUGAGGAUGAUAAUUAUGAUGAUGAUGUCUCCACUGAGUAUGAACACCAGGCCCACAGGCAUCAGGGCCACGGGAAGGAGGAGGAUGAAGAUGCCUCAGAUGAACACUACCAUCAUGUCCCCGGCCACGGGCACCGAGGCCAUGGAGACAUGGAAGAUGAGGAGGAGUCCACUGAACACUGGCACCAAGUUCCCAGACAUACCCACCAUGGCCUUGGAGAUGAGGAGGAGGAGGAAGAGGAGGAGAUCACAGUCAAGUUCAGCCACCAUGUUGCAAGCCACCAACCCCAAGGCCACAAGAGCUCUGAGGAAGAGGACUUCUCAGAUGAAUAUAAAAUAGCAGUCCCCAGCCAUCACCACCACGGAGUCCCCAAGGAGGAAGACGAGGACAUCUCUGCCAAGGUUAGCCACCAAGCUCCCAGCCACAGGCAGCAAAGCCACAGAGAUGAAGGGACUGGCCACAGAGGGUCCAUCAAAGAGGAGACUAGCCCCCAGCCCCCAGAACAAACGGGGGUCAAGGAUAGAAGCCAUUUCAGGGAGAGAGAUUCUGAGGAGGAAGAGGAGGAGAAGGGGGAAGAGGACCAUGGCUCCCAGGAGGAAGAUGAUGACGGUUCAGAGCUGGGAGAAGAAGACACCUAUCACAGCAGCCUAGAGCAGGAAGAUGAGGAAGAUGAGGAGGAAGGUCAUGGGCUCAGCCUGAGCCAGGAAGAGGAGGAAGAGGAGGAGGAAGAGGAGGAAGAGGUGGAGAGGAGGGAAGAGAGGGCUAAGGUUCAGGCUCCACUGAGCCAAGAGCACCAGGAGGAGGAAGACGAGGAAGAGGAGGGGCUGCAGGAAGACAAGCUCCCCUUCACCAUCAUCCCCAACCCACUGGCUAGGAAGGAGGUGGCUGGAGGUGCCUCCAGUGAGGAGGAGAGUGAUGAGGACACUAGUCCACAGGAUGCCCAGGAGUACGGGAACUACCAGCCAGGGUCCUUGUGUAGCUACUGUUCCUUCUGCAAUCGAUGCACUGAAUGUGAGAACUGUCACUGCGACGAGGAGAACAUGGGAGAGCACUGUGACCACUGCCAGCACUGCCAAUUCUGCUACCUCUGCCCCCUGGUCUGCGAAACAGUCUGCACUCCAGGAAGCUACGUCGACUAUUUCUCCUCGUCCCUGUACCAAACCCUGGCGGACAUGCUGGCAACUCCGGAACCCUGACCCGGCCGCGCGGCUGCGCGCAGACGUACCUCUCUGGCCCUCCAACCCCCUUCCACGAGCCAUAUUUAUUUCUCUGAAUAAACGUGCUUCUCGAAACCCUA